GUGGCCCAAGACGUACAAGCCCUGACGAACUACUUCACCGAGAACUUACCACAGGACACAUCCCCCCUCUUGAAAUGGGAGGCCCACAAGUGUGUGAUGAGAGGGAUUCUCAUCUCACACUCCUCUGCUCUGAAGAAGGCACGGGACCACACGAUCCGAGAACUAACUGCCAAGAUAUGGACCCUAACACAGGCCCACAAGCGAACACUAGACGACACACUUCUCGGGGAACUCACAGCAGCCCGUGAAGAACUAGCACGGACCCUGCGGCAAUCGUACACUAGGGCCCUCCAGUGCACUAAAUCAUUCUUCUACACAGAAGGAGAUAAGUACG